AUGGCGAUUGGAGUGAUGCCGGUGGUCGGAGGUGGUGGUGGUUGGUGGUCGAAAAUGGUGGUGGCAGGUGGUCGUGGUGGCCGACGGUCAGAGAUGGUGGUGGCCGUUGGUGGAGGUUGUGGUGCCCGGUGGCCAGCGGUGGUGUGGUGGUGGUCGGAGAUGGUGAUUGGAGUGAUGCCGAUGGUCGGAGGUGGUGGUGGUUGGUGGUCGGAAAUGGUGGUGGCAGGUGGUCGUGGUGACCGGCGGUCAGAGAUGGUGGUGGCCGUUGGUGGAGGUUGUGGUGCCCGGUGGCCAGCGGUGGUGGUGACCGGUGGCCGCGGGUGA